GUGGUGGUGAGUGUCGUAUAUUAUCUUUUAAAUAGAGAAGUUGUUACAUUUGCAUGAGAGUCGACUCUAGGCCAGUGAAAAAAUGUUUGUCUUUGAGUGACAGAAAUACAAGGGCACAAAUUGUAAUUCUUAUUUUUAUCUAAAUAAUUGUCGGCAUACAUCAGAAUCGUGUCAUUAAAACUCCCACAAAUGGCUAAAAAUAGAGCGUCAUUCGUGUUAGUAUGGAGGCUGUUUGUCAUAAACAACACCGGGACUGUGACGUCACGGGCGAACGCAGCAGCAGGAUGCUGUAGAGACAGACGCGUGUGCAGCUGAGCGGAGCACAGCAGCGGCGCCGCUGGCUGCAUCUGACAGUUGAACAACAUAAAUACACAGCGUCCUGGUCGACAUGUAAUGAAGGACGACUGACGGGGGAAAUGACAGAAUUAUUCCCUGCAGAGUCUCGCGUCGCCUUUGGGUCUGUUUGAAGAGAAACUGCGCCGCCGUCAGGAACCCGGUGCUCGAGAUGGACGACGGGAGGACUGCAGAAUCCGGUGAAGAUGGAACCGGGAGCGAGGCUCAGGCUGCGGGCCCCAGCAUCCAACUGGACUUGGGAGAUUCUGAUUCAACAAAAAAGGCGGAGAUAUCAGAGAUGCCGUCCCCAUUUGGAGCUGCUCUAGCCCAGGAGAAGAAGAUUGGCCACCGAAGAGUGGAUGCCUCCGGAGAGACAACAUACAAGAAGACCACCUCCUCUGCUCUGAAAGGAGCCAUCCAGCUGGGAAUCGGUUACACUGUUGGUAACCUCAGCUCCAAACCUGAGAGAGACGUGCUGAUGCAGGACUUCUACGUGGUCGAGAGCAUCUUCUUCCCAAAUGAAGGCAGCAACCUGACUCCGGCCCACCACUUCCCAGACUUCAGGUUUAAAACCUACGCUCCCGUGGCCUUCAGAUACUUCCGUGAGCUGUUCGGGAUUCGACCUGAUGACUACCUGUAUUCUCUGUGUAAUGAGCCGCUCAUCGAGUUAACAAACCCAGGAGCGAGUGGCUCCAUAUUCUACGUUACCCGAGAUGAUGAGUUCAUCAUCAAGACUGUGCAGCACAAAGAGGCUGAGUUUCUACAGAAGCUACUUCCUGGAUAUUAUAUGAACCUGAACCAGAACCCCAGAACCUUGCUGCCAAAGUUUUACGGCCUCUACUGUGUCCAAUGUGGGGGGAAGAACAUCAGGGUCGUGGUCAUGAACAACAUCCUGCCACGUUCUGUGCGCAUGCACCUCAAGUUUGACCUGAAGGGAUCUACAUACAAGAGACGAGCUUCCAAGAAGGAAAGGGAGAAGUCCAAACCCACAUUCAAGGACCUGGACUUCAUGACUGACAUCCCAGAGGGCCUCAUCCUGGACCAGGACACGUAUGGUGCUCUGGUCAAAACCCUGCAGAGAGACUGUCUGGUCCUUGAGAGUUUUAAGAUCAUGGACUACAGUUUGCUACUCGGUGUCCACAAUAAAACCCAGGCACAACGAGAUUCUCAAUCCCAGGGUUCACCUGCAGGGGGAGGCGAUGAGAAGAAGCCUGCAGGGCAGAGAGCCUUAUAUUCCACUGCCAUGGAGUCAAUACAGGGAGGCUCGGCCUGCAGGGACGCGCUGGACCACGAUGACACCAUGGGUGGCAUUCCAGCUGUCAGUAGUAAAGGAGACCGCCUCCUGCUGUUCAUUGGAAUUAUUGAUAUUCUGCAGUCCUACAGACUGAUUAAGAAACUGGAGCACUCCUGGAAGUCUCUCAUCCAUGAUGGGGACACCGUGUCGGUUCACAGGCCUGCGUUCUACGCUGAGAGGUUCUACAAAUUCUGCAGCUCCAUCGUGUUCAGGAAGAGUAGCUCCCUAAGAUCCUCCCCAUCAAAGAGGGGCAGAGGGGCAUUUUCUACGUCCAAAUCCAGCGCGGGGAACAGCCUAGCGGGACAGCGACCCUCGCUGAGUGAAGAGAGACAGGAAAACCUGGAGAAUCUACGAGGUGCUCGCAGCUUCCCUCUGCUGGAGGACAAUGGCAGAGAUCCACCCUGCACUCCUCCUUCAUUUGAAGAUGCCACCACCGCAUCUAUUGCCACCACACUGUCUUCAAACAACUCGUUACCCACAACCCCCUUUGAUACACCAGAACACCCGCGAUUUAGGAGACAAAUGAAUUCCCCCAGUCUGGUCAGGUCACAGAAACAGAUAGUUGAGGUUCAUGAAGAAAAGCAGGACACGAUUACAGUCGAGGUUGAACUAAGCAAAAUCCCAAACAGCACGGAGCUCACACAGCUGACAGAGAUGACUCCCUCCAGUCACGUUUCCCCUGAUCACCAGCCUCCGUCCACGCCUCCAUCCUCAGCUCCUUCAGCCUCCACCCUCCCCUCUCCCACCUCUCUGGCUCAGUCGGCUGAAAAGUCAUCCGCCGCCCUCCCUUCGUCCAUCUGUCCGUCCUCUCAGCCGCUCACCUCUCCCACAACUGCUCACUGUUCCACACAAUCUCAUUCUGUUGCACAAUCCACACCUCCCACCUCCUCCACACUCUGUCCUGCCUCAGCAUUCACUCCCAUCUGCCCUGCCUCCCCUCACCAUCUUCCUUCCACGCCUCCCAGCUCCGGUCCUCCCAGCCCACGGGUUGCUCAGCAGCCACCAGGUACCUCCACCAAUCAGCUGUCUGUGUCCAGCAGCCACAACUCGUUGGAUGGAGAAGUGCAGGUGUCCGACAUCUACUUUACUCAGGAGGAUCGGAGCUGGGUGUACUCUCCUCUGCACUGCAGCUCAGAGUCCAGAAGGGGCUCAGAUGGGGAGAGCCAGGCAGUAAGUGUUUACUUCAUAGAGGAUUUUCCCAAACAAAUGAUCAGAAGUGAUUCUAUUCUCUCUCUCUUCCUCAGUAAUUCAGUGAAGCUGAGCCACAGGCCGUCUCCACAGAAUAGGGUUAUAAAUAACAAAGGCACCAGGAGGCUAUAAAGAUUUAAUGCUGGAGCUGCAUGUAGAAGCUCGUUUUACCUACUGUGACAAACUGAAGGAAAGAAACGCAGAGGACGUCAGAAAAACACACUCUUAUAUACAUUUGACGGAAUCGUACAGCGAAGCAAUCGUGACGAUCAUUAGGGAAACAAACCAUCAACUCCUGGACGGUCCCACUGACGUCCAGGGAAGAAACAAGCUGUGAAACAUGCAGCGCUGCUGCCUGAAGGGUUUCACUGUUAAUAAGUCACAUCGCACUGUGCCAGCCCUGGCUAUGCAACAAAGAAUACUAACAUGCUGUACAGGUAUACAGUCACAGUAUACAGUGUGGUAUUUGACAUGACACUUCGUUAGGAUCUGAGUUUACUGGUGUUUGGUAUUCAUUCAGGACAUAUCAGAACUGUGUACAAUUUGAUUUGAGCACUUUACCAUUCUGUAUGUGAAACUGGGUCUUUGAGAGUUUGUUACGUUUAUCAUCAGUUGUUGUGUUAAAGGUUAUUGUUCUGUGCUGCUGUGUAUGCACAGUGUUACGUGUUUUUCUAACUGUGUUUAAAGGUCCACUCAAGAACCCUUGACCUGAUUACUAUUAUUAUGGUUGUGUCCUGGAUGCCUUAUAAACAGAUGUAUUGAUGAUUAUUUAGUCAUAUGAAAUGAUGAUGUACUAUAUUAUGAAAGUAUAAGUAUAUAAAUAUAGUAUGAUCUAAUUAAAUGAUACAGUAUUGUGUGUGAUACCAAAUGUUAAAAUUUUAUUUUCAGAGUGAGGGAAAAAAUAUGUUACAAAAUGAAGACAUCAUAUAAUGACAUUGCAUUGAAGAUGGUGUGUGUGUGUACACUCCUGUACGUCUACGUGCAUCUGAAGUUUCCGUGUGUGCAUGCUUUUGCAUGUACAUGACGUGUGAGUGGGAGACGGUGUCAGUCUGAGCUGCUUUUUAUCUUACGUAUUUGUCAAGCUGUCACAGUAUGUAACUUUCAAAUCAGCCAUUUGCAUGUUGGCUGUGUGAGAAUCGAUCAAAGCUCAGUCUGUGUUUGAUGACAAUAAAAAAAAAAAUCACUUUAGCAGAUAAACCCAUUCCUAUCUUCUUCC